CUGCCUCCUACACAGACAGCUCUGAUGAUGAGACCUCCCCCCGAGACAAGCAGCAGAAGAACUCCAAAGGCAGCAGCGAUUUCUGCGUGAAAAACAUAAAGCAGGCAGAAUUUGGGCGCCGAGAGAUUGAAAUUGCUGAACAAGAAAUGCCGGCGCUGAUGGCUUUGAGGAAGAGAGCUCAGGGAGAGAAGCCGCUGGCCGGGGCCAAGAUCGUGGGCUGCACGCACAUUACAGCGCAGACAGCGGUCCUAAUGGAGACUCUCGGUGCGUUGGGUGCGCAGUGCCGGUGGGCUGCGUGCAACAUCUACUCGACCCUGAAUGAAGUGGCUGCAGCCCUGGCUGAGAGCGGGUUCCCCGUCUUCGCCUGGAAGGGAGAAUCCGAAGACGACUUCUGGUGGUGCAUCGAUCGCUGCGUCAACGUCGAGGGAUGGCAGCCCAACAUGAUCUUGGAUGAUGGGGGUGAUCUCACUCACUGGAUUUACAAGAAAUAUCCCAACAUGUUUAAGAAGAUCAAGGGGAUAGUAGAGGAGAGCGUGACUGGUGUCCACAGGCUGUACCAGUUGUCCAAAGCGGGGAAGCUCUGCGUCCCAGCCAUGAAUGUCAACGACUCGGUCACAAAGCAGAAGUUUGACAACCUGUACUGCUGCAGAGAGUCCAUCCUGGACGG